GGGCCGACGAGGGGAAAGCGAUCCUUAGAAAGGUGCUCGAGAGUCGGGGGCAGGGCGCCGCUGAGUGGAAGGAGGCCCGCGGAAGUGAUAUAAAGCGGUGCUCCCAAGGCGCCGAGUCCGACGAGCAAGAGUGGAGCGACUGGCCAGGGGACCGGUGCCACGGGACCGAGCGAUCGAGUGGCAGUGCCGCCGGCGGACGAGAACACCGGCCCCGGGAGGAGGAGAUUUACGUAUCCCAUCCGGAGGCACCGCGCCGGCCGAGAAUCAUGUUAGUGUGGGCCGUAAUUAUAUUAACAGCGAAUGUCGUGGUGAAGGCGACAAGUCCCAUUCCACCAGACAACAUAACAACGAACGGUUCACAAAAAUUAGCCACAGCCUCGGAUUGCUCAAAACCUGUUGCUUUUUCCGGUACUCGAGCUAAUAUCCAGGAAGGACGGGUAAUACUGCCGGAGACGUUGCUUGACCAGGGCGUCGGGUACGUGGCAUCCACGGGAAUCUUCACCACCUACUGCCCGGGUCUCUAUCAGUUCAGCUUCGUCGGCUACGGGGACAAGGAACUCCGGCUGAGCCUCAAGCGCAAAUUAAGCAAAACCGACAGCUGGCAGCCGGUGGCGAGUACAGGUCUCGGCGGUGGCUCUAACAUCGUCCUGCUGCGGAUGGCCGUAGGUCACCAGGUUGCCUUAUUCGCAGAUGCAGGCAAACCCGACGACAGCACCACCUUCAGCGGCUACCGCAUCGCUAAGGAAUAAUCGCUCGGUUCGCUGCGCGCUGUUCCCUUCGGAAACCGCGAGAUCUUGACAUCACUCGCUUUUGGUUUCGGCGAUAAUUUGGCGUCCAUUAAUGAGCGGGAAAUUGUAAACAGAAGCAGCUGAGCAAACUUUUACUGUGAUAGCUCCUUUGUCUUUCUGGCGACGUCGUUAUUAAAAUUCAAUGGCUUUCUUUCCCUUCUCUUUCCCAUUGUUUUUAUUGAUUGUUAUUGUUUUUAUUUCCAUUUAAUGCGAGGAUUGAAAUUUUAUUAUUUUUUGUUCAUGCUCUCUAACACUCAAUGAAAAGGGUCGACUUAUUAAUAGCGGCGUAAUACUUCUUUUCAAACUGUUCUUUAUACUCCUUUUUUACUUUUUCUCAUUUAUUCUUUAACUGUUGUACAUAAAUCUCU